AAUUCUCAGAUUAGGUUAGUUUAGGGACUGGAGAAAGGGAAAGGAACCGAAAAACGCUUCCACAAUUAGCGACUUAUUGAAAACGCUCCUUCAACAAUAGUGAGCAACACAAUUUGACCGACAGGUAGGAUCGCCGGCAGAAGCCAAUCGCGUGUUCUCUUAAAAUUCUCUUCCCUCCGCCGUCUCCCGGAGGUCUGCCGCCAUCCUUUCCCACCUUCUGGUUCUGCUGCUCAGCCAGCACUCGGUUUCGGUUGAUCCCCAAAAUUCUCCAACUACCAUCAAUAAAGGCGUCGACUUUGCGUAAAUCUGCCGUCGAUCCGGCAAAUUUACCCGGAACCCAGGUGAGUAAAAGUCGGGGCAAGUCGCAUGGAGGCGAUCCCACCAACCUCGGCGGCCGCCGGAGGUGGAGGGCCUGCCCCUUUCUUGGUGAAGACGUACGACAUGGUGGAUGACUCUUCCACCGACGGCAUCGUCUCGUGGAGCUCGUCCAACAAUAGCUUCGUGGUUUGGGAUCCUCCGGAAUUCGCCAGGCGCCUCCUUCCCACCUACUUCAAGCACAACAAUUUCUCCAGCUUCAUCCGCCAAUUGAACACUUACGGAUUCAGGAAGAUUGAUCCUGAGAAAUGGGAGUUCGCCAAUGAAGAGUUUAUCAAAGAUCAGAAGCAUCUUCUGAAAAAUAUCCACAGGCGGAAGCCAAUCCACAGCCAUAGCCACCCUCAAGGUGGUUCUUUGGAUCCUGAAAGGGCAGCAUUUGAUGAUGAGAUUGAGCGGCUCUCCCGUGAGAAGGCUCAGCUGCAGGCUAGUCUUGUAGGGUAUGAGAAGCAGAAGUCAACCGAAAAAGCUCAGUUGGAAGAUCUCACGCAGCGGGUGGAUACCCUUGCGCAGAGGCAAGACAGUUUGUUAUCCUUCCUAGAGAAAGCUGUUCAAAAUCCUUCCUUCGUUAAGCGUCUUACCGAGAAGAUUGAAGCGAUGGAUGUAUCUGCUUACAGCAAGAAGAGACGCUUGCCUGAAGCUGAUCAAUCAAGGCCAGCUGUUGACAAUGCAUUUGACUCUAGCUCUAGACCAGAGUUUGGAAAUGCCAUCAAUCACCAAGAUUUUUCCAAUAAGCUGAGGUUAGAGCUAUCUCCUGCUGUCUCGGAUAUUAAUUUGGUAUCUCACAGCACUCAGAGCUCAAAUGAGGACCAGGCUAGUGCACAAGGGAAAUUUAGCGAACUAGAGCCGCCCAAAGAUGGACCAUUGAGGACACCUGGUUUGCUAUUUUCAGCACCAGAAACCUUAGACCUUUCAGAUACCGGGACUUCAUGUAUGUUUAUGGUUGAUUCAGCUUUCUCAAAGAAAGUUUCACCUAGUUUGAGUAGUUAUGAUGAAGCUGACGGUCAUAUAUCAUGCCACUUGAAUCUCUCUCUGGCAUCCUGUUCCUUGCAAGUAGACAAGAACCAUUCAUCUAAAAUGGCUCAAGCAGGUCAUCAGGAAGUCAGAACAUCUCCAGAGUUGAGGUUUAAUCAUGUCAAGGAUAAAGAACCGGACAUGAGGUCUGUUCCUAGAAACCGAAGCAUGAGUAGUGAUGAGAAACCAAACAUAGCGUCUGCUGCUCCAGGUCGUGUGAAUGAUGUGUUCUGGGAACAGUUCUUCACUGAAAGACCAGGUUCUUCUGACAAUGAGGAGGCUAGCUCUCAUUAUAGGGCAAACCCAUAUGAUGAGCAGCAGGAAGACAGAAGGUCGGGACGUGGAUCGUCAGCAAACAACAGGAGAAUGGAGCAGCUGUCUCUUUGAGCACUUUUUGUAGAGGCUGUUUCAGGUUUGCAGACUUGCCUCCUUGUGUGUUAUGAUUAAGUUCUGAUGUCCGUGAUUGGAGAUAGGAACCCUACAUGUUAACAUGAUGCUGGGUUUCUUUUCUCGGAAUCCUUUCAAGUGCCUCUCGUACUAUUUUAAGACUGGGAAUGCGGCGUUGUUGCUGUAUUGCCUCGGAAUGGUUAAUGUUAGAUAUUAUUCAUCAUAUCCUAAUGGAUCAGGAGUAAUAGUCGGUCAUCCUUUCUGGUUUUCCUUGCUGCAUUAGGAUUUCAACAGAGUUAAAACCUGCUGCUCAGCUAGUCAUGGAUCAAUAUUAUCUUGCCGGGGGAUUAGGCAACCCCUUGCGCACCCUCCUGCAUCCUUGAGAUUGACAUUCGUAUGUCCUCGUUGACUACCCUCUACAGAGUUAAUACGAGAAGCCUCACCGAUGUCCCAUGUUGCUGAAAAACAUGUAUCCUCGAAGAAGUCCCUCUCACUCCCACAUUCCCUUGAACUUGACAUGAAUUGAUCAUGCAUUGUUUAAUAGGCUUGUUGCUGGAAACUGUGGCAUCCCCAUUCUUCAGAGUCUGCAAGUUGAUUAUUGUAUACAAGUAUCUGGUGCUGGUCUUGCUCUGUAGUAUUCUGUUGUCCAGUUUGAGUUGCAAGAGGGUCGGAAGAAGAUCCGACCAUUAAUUUGUUAUGUACUUGUAUGGAUUGCUCUAUAUCUGUAAUGAGAUCAACAUAAAGUUGAUCUCUUUUCAUUUUUUUUGUUUCUUUCCGUAUCCUUUGAUCUCUUUUCAUUUUUUUUGUCGGCCCAUCCGAUUCAUACAAAUCACUGACUGUCACAAUCAAACCCGAAAACCGGUGACCUCCUCACUCCGAUCAAAAUCCCACAUCACCUCUCAAAGUCAAAAGCAGAAAUCCACUCGGAAGUUAUAUUGGAAAGGAUCGAGUUUUGUAGUCCUAUCUCCUUCUUCUUCUUCUUCUUCUUCCUUUUGUUGUAGAACAGAGUCCUCAGUCCUCACAUCAAAUGGAUCGGGAUGAGACGCGGAAGAUAAACGUCGAAGUGCAGACUCCGACCGGUAGGCGAUACUUCUUCAGGCUUAGUCGGAGCACCAAGCUGUGGAAGCUGAUGGCGGCAUUCGCUGAUGGGCUCGGGAUCAACGUCAACGAUGUCCGUCUCUUGUUCGAUGGCCUCAAUUUGCAUCAUUAUCAGACCCCUCAGGCCCUCAACAGGUCAUUUUACCAAAGGGGUUCUGUUUAGGUUGAUGUUAUGGAAGUGGUUGAGUACGAUUUGAUUCGAUAAUCGUGAUUUGGUCAGACCAAAUGAAGAGAUUAAGACGUAUUAUAAUGCGGUGUUUAGUCAAAUCAAAUCAUUGCUAACGGU